CCCGUAUUCUUAGGCGUUCGGGUUUUUUAGUUUCGGUUUUGCUUUAACCGAACCCGAACCCGAUAAGAAAUUUUCGGAUUUCGGGUAACCGGAACCCGCAAGUCCUUAUCGGGUUCGGAUUCGAUUAAGUAAUUUUCGAUUUCGAUUUUUUAGACCUUUUCAGAUUUUGGUUUGGAUAACCGAACCCGACCCGAGCUAACACCCUACAGUGACUAUACUAUAAUCGAGUUUAGAAGACCUACUCAAUGACUUUGUUUCUGAAUAGAAAUAGAUGGAACGUUGUUUUAAACACUUCAUUAUUUAAACCAAUACAAUAUUUUUCUUCCACUUACAUGAUUCGGUUGCCAUCAUUUUACAUUCCUACUUAUAAAAAAAAAUGCUUUUCAUGGGCCGUUCUAUCUUGCAGGCAGUUGUUGUUGGAAACAAUAUGAAUCAUAUUCACCAGCCACAACACUCAACAAGUAUGCAUUAGGCUCCGUACUUUUCUAUUCUCCUAGUACUUUAUUUCUUCUCUCGAAGAAUUAGUUAUAAAAGAAAUUUAAUGGUAUCAAUCUAGAAAACUAUACUGAAAUGUGAAAUGGCUACAUGGAGCUUUUUCUGUGAUGCAUAUCUUCAUUUAUACUCCAACCUCAAGAAUAGCUGAUAAAUCCAUGAAAACUAGCUAUUUGUGUUUAUAAUUAUGUUGUUGAACAUGGUGGGAUCAAAUCUAAUUUAAUGGACACACCAUGCCAAAUAGGUUAUAUGAGUAACCACAAGAAAAGAAAUUCUCAAGUGAUCAAAAGAAUACAAGAAGUAGUGCCUUGAGAAAAUAAUUUAACAAUAAUUUUUGUAUAAGAAUAACGUUUAUGAAUUUUUCCAGAACAAAAAUUAAAGUUUCAAUUGAGAAGGCAAUUUUUAUCCAACUAAAGCGUGGAAAUCCUAUAAAUACCCCAGCUUGAAAUUGAAAAUUGACUCUAGUUGUGUUACAAUUUGGACCGUGUCAUAAAAUAGUAAACAAUUUAAAAUUGAGAGUAGUGUCAUAACUCAUAAGAUCACCAUACCAUCCAUGAGCGUUAAAAAAAAAUAUAUUUAAAAUAUAUGCUAAAAUGAAUAUUAGAUUAUCAAUAAUAAAUCUUUAAUUUGUUUUCAAUCCUACGAACUAAUUCAAAUUGAAUCGAAGAAGCUAUAGACCGCUGAAAAUUUGUAUGACCUAAACAAAAUUUGCUGAUCUCAAAUCUCAAUCAUUAGAUUGAUGAUCCAAUUAUUAUUAAAAAUUUCUGAUAUAGAUUGAUUGAAAUACAUGCACGUGGAGAUUCAUUUCCACUACAAUACAUUGUUGUUACUAACCAUGCAUGAGUGGAUAUAUAAACACAUAAGGCUUUUACGUUAUGAAUCAUUCAUGUCUUUUCUCGUAACAAGUCUUGGAUCAUAUUCCAUCGAUUGAUCCUGUAAUUCCAUCUCAUCACAUAUAUAUUUGUCUAAAAGAAGGCUGCCUUCGUGCAUGAAUCCAAGGACCAUGCAUAUAAUGUUACAAAUUAAAAAGAGCCAAAUGUCUUUCAGAUUAGUAAGUAAAUCUCAGAGAAUAACUCCUAUGUUCACUCACAACAAAACAGCAACCGUUUCCAUUUCCCUUCGUUCCCAUUUCCCCUUCUCACGAUCUCUUGAAUCGAUCGUAACAAACAAAAUUUCCCAAAACACCAGCUAACUACAUUACAACAAUAAUAACGUAACAAUCCAACAACCCUAAUGAAAUCCAAGAUCCCAGAUGCAAACAACCAAACAACCACCGCCACCGCCGGCGGUGCCCUACCGCCGCGGCCGUCACUGGUGAAGCGGGUUCGGAACCCUGAAGUGUACAGAGAAGCCAUCGUCCUCUGCAUGGAGAUCAUCAUCCUCCUAGGGUUCCACCUCCUCUUCUACACCACCCUCCUCAUCCUCCAGCGCCUCUUCUCCUCCGCCGCCCUCCUCCUCCUCCCCAUCUCCAUCGCCGCCCUCUUCACCCUCCACCCCAACCACGCCGCCGACGGCGGCAGCAGCCUCCCCAUCGCCCUCCUCCGCAAGCUCAUGCGCUCCCGCGACCGCCUCGGCGAGGUCGUCGCCUACGCCAUCGACAGCAUGCACGAAAAGGCGCGCCGCGACCACCACGGCUUCCUCAUGGCCGUCCACGACCUCGACGUCGACGACCAUCAUCACGAUUCCCUGUCGCCGAAGAUCGUGGCCCUGUGGACCAGCUUCGCCGCGUACAUGGGCCUGAUGGCUCAGAUACUGUUUCGAUAUCCUUUCUCCGGGGACACGUUCUUUGCCGGCGGGAUGAUCGCCAUCGCCAUCGUGGCCAACCUCGUCGCCUAUUUUAGCUUUGCAUGGGAUUCGGCCUCUCGUAAAAAGAUGAAUGAAUUGGAGGAAGUGAAGGACAAGUUGAGAGAAGAGCGAGAGAGAUGGGAGGAAGAGAAGAGGAAUCUCAAGGAAGAACUGGUUAGGGCAAAACGUGGAUCAGCUGAUCAGCAACCGCAAAAACCUUGUGCUGAUCCACCUGCUCCUAGGCCGCUGGGCAGAGCAAGUUCAGGGCCGAUAACUUCAGGUUCCUACUACAGUAUGUUUGGCAAUUUUGAUUGGGACUAAUUUAAAAUAUGAAUUCUGUUAUUAUAGGAUGGUUCAUCUUUGGAUACUUAAUCUCGUGUAUAAUUAAUUGCAACAAGCAAUUAAUGGUUUUGCUCAUCUCUCACAGUUUUGUAACUUCCUUAAUUAUCUCGAGUGGUUAUACUUACACAUUAUUGAUUCUCUUCUUGUUAUUUACAGUUCUUUCUUUUCAUUCUACGGAUUGGUUAAAUUUAUGCUUUAUGAACUCGAACAAACUCAACUAGAUAUUAGUAUCAUUUUAUUGUUUAUUUAUGUGUUAUCGUUAUCGAUUAGAAUUAAUUAUUAUUAGCUAUAUGAUUAAAAAAUUAUUGAUCCUUUCAACCAUUUAUCAUGUGAAUAAUAAAGCCUAAGUAGUUAA